GGCGGGGAGCGGGGCUCGGCGGUGCCCGCCCGCCGGCUGCGCCCCGCUGGAGCAUGCACUGAGUGGCUGCCUCGGCUCGGAGCCUUCCCUGCCGCCGGCGAGCGCCUUGCAUGGUGUGGGGCUACCCGGUCGCGAUAAUAAAUGAUAGAGGAUACAAUGACUUUGCUGUCUCUGCUGGGUCGGAUCAUGCGUUACUUCUUGCUUAGACCGGAGACCUUGUUCUUGCUGUGCAUCAGCCUGGCCCUGUGGAGUUAUUUCUUCCACACGGAUGAGGUGAAAACCAUUGUGAAGUCCAGCAGGGAUGCGGUGAAGAUGGUGAAGGGCAAAGUGGCCGAGAUCAUGCAGAAUGACAGGCUCGGGGGGCUAGACGUGCUGGACGCAGAGUUCUCCAAGACGUGGGAGUUCAAGAGCCACAACGUGGCUGUCUACUCCAUCCAAGGCCGGAGGGAUCACAUGGAGGACAGGUUCGAAGUGAUCACCGACCUGGUGAACAAGACUCACCCCUCCAUCUUCGGGAUAUUUGAUGGGCACGGAGGAGAGUCGGCGGCAGAGUACGUGAAGUCCCGGCUGCCCGAAGUGCUGAAGCAGCACCUGCAGGACUAUGAGAAGGACAAGGAGAACAGUGUGCUGUCCUACCAGACCAUCCUGGAGCAGCAGAUCCUCUCCAUCGACCGGGAGAUGCUGGAAAAGCUGACGGUGUCCUACGACGAGGCAGGCACCACCUGUCUGAUCGCGCUGCUGUCGGACAAGGAGCUGACGGUGGCCAACGUGGGAGACUCCCGAGGGGUCCUGUGUGACAAGGACGGCAACGCCAUCCCCCUCUCCCACGACCACAAGCCCUACCAGCUGAAAGAGAGGAAGAGGAUUAAGAGAGCUGGUGGCUUCAUCAGCUUCAACGGCUCGUGGCGCGUCCAGGGCAUCCUGGCCAUGUCCCGCUCCCUGGGAGACUACCCUCUGAAGAACCUGAACGUUGUCAUUCCUGACCCUGACAUUCUUACCUUUGACCUGGACAAACUGCAGCCAGAGUUCAUGAUCCUGGCCUCAGAUGGGCUGUGGGAUGCUUUCAGCAAUGAGGAAGCCGUCCGGUUCAUCAAGGAACGCUUGGAUGAGCCCCACUUUGGUGCCAAGAGCAUAGUCCUACAGUCCUUCUACAGAGGGUGUCCUGACAACAUCACAGUGAUGGUGGUGAAGUUCAGGAAUAGCAGCAAAACAGAAGAACAGUGAUGGAUGACCAGAGGCUGAACUGCAAACAGACUCUCUGACCUUUUAAACCUAGUAGAAAGCUCUUGUCACGCCGUUCAGAUCCCACCCAAGAGGAGGAGAUUCCCCCUGGGCUUUGUCCUUGGCUUAACAAAGGAGCAAUACAACACAUGCCCUCUGAGUGCAAAGGGUUUGUUCACUCCUCCCUGUCUCCUGUGCCCCCCCUGCUCCUCACAAACUAACUGUACCCUGCCAUUCUCUUCUGUAGACUUCUCAUCUGAUCCCUCCCCUCUCACUGCUGAUGCUGGAGAGGCUCCUUCAGGUGCAGAGCAGGGGCAGGGCAGUGACUCUGCGUUCACUCCUGGCUGUGACUCCCCAGAGCGAUGCUCUCAUCUUCCUCCUCUCUUCUCUUCUCUUUUCUUUCUGUUUUGUUUUGUGGUUGUUUUUUUUCAUCUGUACAGCAGAAGGUUUGUGGAUGUGAAGGAGGAAGAGGAGCCAAUUAUUAGCCUGCUAGCACAGAACUGGCUGCCUUGCUUUGCUGAGCCUCCCCUCACAUCAGUCCCUGCCAAGCAUGUGGUGAGGUCUGGCUGCUGGAUGAGCUGAAACCACAUUCAUUCACUCUGUGCAUUACUCUCACAGUGUUCCCUCUGUGCCAUGCUGUAGCCAACCAAGUCCUGUGAAGCUCCAGCAGAACACCUUCUCUAGCAGCAGCUAGGUCUGUUGUGACAGAAGAGUGUCUGUGGGUCCCCAAGGCUCAGCCACAGGCUAGGCUUUUGGCAUGGACGCUCUGUGGGCCUGUAAAGAAAGUGAUGGAAGGGGAAAUUAAUUUCAUUAGCAACUGUUUGGAAGACCUAAUUAAAAUGAGGUGCUGCUUAGAGCUGCCUUGGUGAGAGUCAAGCCCAUUAAAGGCUUUUCAUUAGGGGUGUUAAUCCAGGGGAAGGCCACCUUAGAACCAUGUCUGGUCCCAGGUAUGGAUGCCAGGCAGCGCCACCGCACUGCAGAGGUGAGAGCUUGUGUUCAGUCCAGAUUAAAACAUACAUAGGUCCAACUUGCAGGAUUUCACUGCAGUUUGGGAUCUGUGGCUCCAAAGUUCCAGUGAUGACAGUCUGAUCUCCAU